AUGGCCUAUACUGAUCAAACUAUGCCUCUGACCUCUAAAGGCCUCCUUAUCAAGUCUUAUCUCUCACCAUUUUACAAAUUUUUAUGGGACUUUAUCCGUCACAAUGUUCUCCCCACUGGAAACAAUUCCAAUCCCACUCUGGCUGGCUGUCAACUCAUGAUUUCAAUGUGUCUCUGUGAGAGCAACCAAGUGGCCUUUCUUGAUUCCGAUCAGUGGAAUCCACCCAUUGCUCCGUUUGGCAAGGCCUCUGCUGCCCUUAGCCAAAAGGUGUCAAAACCCUUCCUGACAUCUGUGUCAUCUACUUCUGAAAAUGCCUCCCUCAGAUCUCAGCUUGCUGCCAAGGAGAGACACAUUCAACAUCUGUUAAGUCAAAUUCCAUCCUUUUCGGUUCCUGCUGCUGCUGCUGAAGUACAUGCUCAACCAACUCCUGCCACGGAGGACUCAGAUGACUUUGUAGAUUAUGAUGAAUUUGCUGAUUCUCUUGUUUUCUAG